AUGGCUGAUGUAACUCAUAGUCUUAUUGAAGGACGUUAUCAAUUUUUAUCGGCCGUUACGGGUAAAGUUAGCCAGGGAAAAUAUAUUUAUUAUAAUGCAACCGUACCGGGUACAAUACUUUUAGAAUUAACAUCCAUUUCGGGUGAUGCCGAUUUAUACGUAUCACAAAAAACUAAAAAUCCUACAUGGGAUCAUCCAAAUAAUUAUUGCUUACAAUCAGUUACAUUUAGUUUAGUCGAUGAUUCCCAUGAUUUAUUUUCAUCGAAUUCAUAUGAUGAAAAAAUAGACAAAUUUUAUUUUCACAUCGAUGAUGAAUCGUCUAUUAAAAAACAAAAGAUUGAUAAUAAACUCGAUAAUAAUAAUAAUUUGGCACAGCACUCCUCGUAA